UUAUAACACUAAGCAAGAAAAGGGUUUUGGUGAAACCCUAAUUGAACCCUUCGUCUAUAGCUUUGUGGCUGUGGCAGGGGACUAGUUUGGUUACAGAGAACGGAGUGAAAGGCCACUCUGUUUUCGCAUGCCUGCAACUCCACCGUGUAACAAAGGAAGCUCAACCAUCUUCGUUUUCACUCCUCGCCAAGUUUUGUUAAGCAACCAAACCAUGAAGAACACCGCACAGAACGGAACCUCAAACUCCAAGCGGGAACCCACACUUCUCCUUCACCAAUCCAUUGCCCGUUACUUGGAACUCUCUGGCUUCUCCAAGACGCUCAAAAAAUUCCGCUCCGAAGCGCAAAUUGAGAAAAAUGAUUUGGAGGAAUCGCCGGUUGAUCUAGAAGAAAUGUACUUCAAGUAUAUAGAAAUAUGUGGCAAAGAUGCUAAGGCAAAUAUCAAUGAUCAAAAUGAGCAAGUUGCAGAUGUACCUGACAAAAACAAAGAGGGUAAAUCCAAGGAAAAGAAGAAAAAGAAAAGCAAGUUAGUUUCUGAGUCCCUCGCUAAUAAUGUGGAAGGCAAUCAAUUGGAGUCUGUUACUACUGUUGCAGAUAAUAAAGUAAGCGCUGAUGUUUCUACAGAUGCUAAAGUUAUUAAUGGUUCUGAGGCGCAGAAAAAAUCCAAGUCUAAGUCGAAAAAGAAAGACAAGCGAAGUGGUCAAAGUGAUGAAAUAGCACAUACUGAAGAUCCCAAUGAAACUGUUUUGAAGGAAGAGAAUAUUGUAUUGUCAACCAAAGAGAAGACUAGUGAGGAGAAAAAAGAUUCUAAGAAAAGAAAAAGAACAAUUUCUGAAGAAAAUGGUCAAGAGGUUGCAGAUGUAAAGGCAGAUGAAGAAAACAAACGCAGAAAAGUAGAAAAUACUAAUGCAUCUAAGGAUGGAAACAUUGAGAACACUGGAGAGAAAUCUUCUGUACAGAGGUCUCAGAAGAAACAGCAAAAGGAAUCAGUUGAGAAACCAGUCAAGACGGCAUUUCAGCGAGUACAGGUGGACAAGAUACAGUUUAGUGAUGAGAGGCUUCAGGAUAACUCUUACUGGGCAAAGGAUGGUGCCGAGAAUGGUUAUGGUGCUAAAGCAGCAGAAAUUCUUGACCAAGUUAGAGGAAGGGAUUUUCGUCAUGAGAAAACCAAGAAGAAACGUGGAAGCUAUCGGGGAGGUCUUAUUGAUUUGCAAUCUCACUCAGUAAAGUUUAAUUAUUCUGACGAGGAAUGACUGGGAAACAUCUAGAAUUCUUUUGCCUCAAUUUUUGUUAUAUGAAAUUUUGUGAUCGGGGAGUAUAUUUAUUACAGCCAACAGACUUUGCUAGCUCGCGGCUAACAAGUUGAUUUUCAUAUAUGCAUGUUGUCUUUGUCUUUCAUGCCUGAUAGAUGUUCCCGAAGGAACGGAAAUUUUUGUCGGCAAAAUGAAGAAUCCUUUGUCUGAAAUUGUGAUAGUAGAUGGAUGAAAUUUGUACUUGAUUUUCUAUUA